UUCAAGUGUUGAGAUCAUGCUUUAGGAGUUCUGAUUGCAGUCGCUCAGGACUUCGAUCCAAGCUGAUCCCAAGUUGGUCCCAAUCUGAUUUAUCCUGUCCCCACCGGAAUUCUGCAAGCUUGAAUACCGCCAGACGUCACAACGGUACAAUGGCCAUCUCUAUACUCUCGACGUUGUUGUCGAGUAUCGUAUUUUUGACGUGUUACAUCUUGUGGAAGAAAGUAUUGAUCUCGUCCGCCUCGAGCAAAGCUGGAUGCUCCUCUCCUAUCAAGUACAAUCACCUCGAUCCAUUCUUUGGACUGGAUCUAUUCAUCAGAAAGAUCAGGUACACGCAAGUAGGAGACCUACUGGCUCUAGACGACGAAAUAUUCGCCAAAUAUGGCAAGACAGUCCAUACUCUUUUCUUUGGAGCAAAUCAUUGGAUGACGAUGGAUCCUCUCAUGAUUCAAGCCGUCGCCGCUACAGAAGCUGACAAGUUUGGAAACGAGCCGACAAAUCGCAAGUCUUGUGGACCACUGCUUGGUGACGGUGCAUUUACUGUUGAUGGGGCGUUGUGGAAAAGAUCUCGAGAUAUCAUCAAUCCCAUUUUCAGCCGAUCACAAGUUUCGCAGUUGUCUUCGUUGAAGAUACAUAUCCAGCGCUUCAUGGAACAUAUCCCUCGUGAUGGAUCCACGAUUGAUAUCCAACCUCUUACGAAGAUGCUCUUCUUAGAUAGCUCUACUGAGUUCAUCUUCGGCAAGUCUGCUGGUUCUCUGACAGAAUGUGAAUUAACAAUCGGAGCGCAGAAAUUCUCGGAAGCUUUCGAUGAGGGCCUACGGGGCAUGAGGAAGAACUACAUGACAGGCCAGUUUUCAUGGCUGAUUGGCACUGACAAGAAGUGGCUUGAGAAAUGCUCCGAGAUUCAUGCUGUGGUGGAUGGUUACAUCGAGGAAGAAAUUGAGUACCAGAGGAGCACCAAAGAGAUGGGGCUAUCUACUGAUACUCCAUCUGAAUCAUCAGCUUACAAGUAUGUUCUGCUCAGGGAACUUGUCAAGAACCACUCAGACGAUAAGCUUUACAUUCGAAGUGAACUUAUGAAUGUCUUCUUCGCCGCCAGGGAUUCUGUCGGCACAGUGACAGCAAAUAUGAUAUUUCAUCUUGCUAGAAGUCCUGGAGUCUGGCAGAAGUUGCGGAAAGAGGUCGGCGGUAUUGCAUCGAACCAAGAACUGACCUUUGAAUUUCUCAAAUCCCUGAAGUAUGUGCAGGCUGUCAUUGAAGAGACACUUCGACUUGUACAUCCUGUCGAUAGGUGUUGGAGGACCUGCCUAUCGCCUUGUAUCCUUCCCCGUGGUGGGGGGAACUCAGGACGAGAACCCAUUCUUCUACAACCAGGAGAUCAAAUCGAACUUGUCUAUGGAUCUAUGCACAAGGACAAGGAUAUUUGGGGCGAAGAUGCAUCAAGCUUCGUUCCCGAACGAAUGCUUGGUUUGAAACAUAGCUGGCAAUAUAUUCCGUUCAUGGGAGGUCGCAGGACAUGUCCAGGUCAGCAGAAUGCUUACACCGACAUGGCAUUCUUUCUUGUGAAGAUGGUGCAAGAAUUUAAAACUAUUGAGAAUCGGGAUGAUUGUUUGGAGUAUGUGGAGGAGUAUGUCAUGACGAAAGAAAGUAGGAAUGGUGUCAAGGUUGCUUUUACUGUUAGUUAGGUUCUUGA